AUGAACAAGGACAACGAGGCAUAUCUGAAACUCUUCUGGGGUCGUUCUAAUCUUCAGAAAACGUGUUUCUUGUCGAAGAAGACCAAAACCACAGCAAUUGCCACCACAUUGUUUGGGUUGUUUUGCUUCGUAGUCACUUUCUGUGCUUUUGCAGUAUGGAAUACGUCUACAUUUGCAGGUUUUUCCAUUCCAAACCAAAACCUCUCAAUGAUCCACAUAGCCAAACCCCAAGAACAAGAAAUUCCUCUUAGGUGCAUCAAAGGGGAAAAUGUGACACAAACAUGCCCAAAAGACUACUACCCCACAUCACAUAAGCCCACUAGUAAUCAUAGCCGUACAUGUCCCUCGUACUUCAAAUGGAUCCAUGAAGAUCUAAGGGCAUGGAGAGAGAAAGGGAUCACAAGAGAAAUGUUGGAAGGUGCAAGAAGAACAGCACACUUUAGGAUUGUGACUUUAGAGGGGAAGGUGUAUGUGGAGAAGUAUAGGCAAUCAAUUCAAACAAGAGAUGUGUUUACUUUGUGGGGUAUAUUGCAACUCAUGAGAUUGUACCCUGGCAAAUUGCCUGAUUUGGAGCUUUUGUUUGAUUGCGAUGAUAGGCCUGUUCUUCCAAUGGAAAGGUUUAAAGGCCCAAAUGCUGCACCACCACCUUUGUUUAGAUAUUGUUCAAAUCAGUGGAGUUUGGAUAUUGUGUUCCCUGAUUGGUCCUUUUGGGGAUGGGAAGAGACAAAUAUAAAGCCAUGGAAAAAAAUUGUGGAAGAUAUUAAGAAAGGGAACAAGAAAACCAAGUGGAAGGACAGAGUACCAUACGCCUAUUGGAAGGGGAACCCUUAUGUUGCUGCAACUAGAAAAAACCUUAUGAAAUGCAAUGUCACACCAAAAUAUGACUCCAACACUCGCCUAUACAUACAGGACUGGAUAAAAGAAUCCGAUGAAGGAUACAAGAAAUCCAACUUAGGGGACCAAUGCACCCAUAGGUAUAAGAUAUACAUAGAAGGAUGGGCUUGGUCUGUUAGUGAGAAGUACAUUUUGGCAUGCGAUGCUAUGACUCUGUAUGUUAAGCCUAAUUUCUAUGAUUUUUUCGUCCGAGGCAUGGUGCCAUUACAGCACUAUUGGCCCAUUAGAGACAAUAGCAAGUGCACCUCUCUUAAGUUUGCUGUGGAAUGGGGCAAUAACCACACUGAUAAGGCACAAGCAAUUGGGGAGGCUGCUAGCAAAUUUAUUCAAGAGGACUUGGACAUGGAUUAUGUGUAUGAUUACAUGUUUCAUCUUCUAAAUGAAUAUGCAAAGCUCCUAAGGUUCAAACCAACUAUACCUUCAGGAGCUGUGGAGUUAUGUCCAGAAACAAUGGCAUGUGCUUUAAAUGGUACACAAAGGAGGUUCAUGGAGGAGUCAAUGGUGAUGUUUCCUAGUGAUUCAAAUCCAUGCACUAUUCCACCUCCAUAUGAUCCUAUAACCCUACAACGCUUUCUAGAUAAUAAAGUUAAUUCAACAAGACAGGUAGAAACUUGGGAAGAUGAAUAUUGGGAGAAUAAAAGGAAGGGACAAUAG